AUGCAGUUCCAUAUCUUCCUACUCAUUUAUUUGGCUCUUUCGGUUUCUGCAAUUUCUCGAGGAAGAAACGCCCAGCAAGAAGAGUUUCCUUACGUUUGCUCUCUCCAAACGAGUUUUCUCGUGCUGAAAUCCCAUCGAUGUGGUGCUGUUGUGCUUCAUCCCGAGUGGCUCGUCACGGCUGGUCAAUGCGGAGGGAAUGCUUUAGGGGACUUUGAAGUUCUCUGCGGAGUUACUAACCUGGGAUCUGAGGGACAGAGGAGGAAAGUGGAUAAAUUCAUAGUGCACAAGGAUUUCGCAGGAAAGGCUGGACAGCGCAAUGAUAUUGCAAUGAUAAAGCUGACAGAGCCUCUAGUGCUUGAUAAGUCUGUAAAUAUUGCCAAAAUGCCCGUUCUCACCUUGUCCGGAAGUGCUUUUGUCGCUGGUUGGGGAGAAAAAUCUGGCGGAUUAUUGGAAACUCUGCUGAAUAUGUUCUCCCAAGAUCUGCAGGCUGCUCAGGUGACGAUGCGAGAUCAAUUCACAUGUGCGCAAUUGCUGAAAGAGCACGGCGUUGAGGGACUGAUGGAUGAGACGAAGAUUUGCAGCACUGCUCCUGAGAACAGCGGCAUUUGCAGUGGCGACGCAGGAUCGCCUCUCGUUCAGCAAGGAGUCGUGCUGGGAAUAGCUUCGUGGCACUCAGGAUGUGCAUCAGGAGUGCCGUCCGUCUUUACUUCCGUGGCUCCGCACUCGCUCUGGAUAAAGAAUGUGUACAACAGCAACGGCGAGAGGCAGUGAAAGUCAAUGGGAAAGUGUGUUUAUCAGUGGAAUUGAAUAAAAAGAAAACGCUCGGUAUUUUUCUUUAAAUUUAUUAAGACAUAUCGAUUAAAAUACAUUUAUUUAUAUCAUCAUUCACCUCAUCGUCCACUAGUACGUUAAAAAAAGAUCUAGAUCGUAUAAAAAUAAUAUCAUUAAAAAAAAUAUUAAAAAAAAACAUAAGUUUAAUAACUAUUGUUCAUGGCUGUCCUUCGUAAAGUUACCUUAAAAUUGCUACCAUCUCAUGUAUAACAAAAUAUCUUAACGUACGAUUUUUUUUCUCUGUCUGUCACCCCAGCAAAUUAUAUGACAAAAAGAAUUACACAGAGUGAAAAAGUCUAAACUAAAUAUUUCGUUGUUUGGCCUUUCCAUAAGAAGAAGAAAAGUUUUAAUAUGUAAUACAAAGUGUGAAAAAAAUCGCGAAAAUUAAUCCUCCAUUGCAUUUUUUCCGUCUAAUUCUUUACAAAAUUUUCUUUGGACUUCUAGCUUUCUCCCCAUAUUCUGGCAAAUAUGCCGGAUUGGUUCAACAAAUUUGCACAAUAUUAAAAAAAAAAGAAAAUGUGAAAAGUAUAAUUCACAAAAAAGAAAACUUAUACAAUAUUUAUAUUUAGAUAAGAUGACUUUGUAAAAUCUGUGAAUGAAAAAAUUGUGGGAAAAUAAUAGCUAUGUAUUAUUUAUAAAAAGGCUUUUUACAAGUAAAAAUCAUUAAUCGUAGAAUAUUUCAAUCGUUGUUUUAGAAACCUUAAUAUAUCUCUCUUCCAUCCUUUAAUUAUCUAAUGAGAUUUCUGUCCUUCUUGCAUUCAGUAAAUAUUUGUGACCUUUAUUCGUUUACAUGGCCGCUCAAUUCGUUGUCAAAAGAAAUUCUUUCGUAAUUCUUUGUUUCUCUCUUCAUUUAUCUAUAUAUAAAAUCAGCGAAAUUAUAGGGAAAAUCAAUAAAACACUUUCAUUACCGAGAAAGAAAGAAAAUGAAGAAGUGUGAGAAAUUGGACUAAAACCGGAUUAAGUUUAUAGGUUGUUCAUCUCACUUGACUUUCGCUAAAACUGUAGUUUACAUGUUGAAAUUUAACUAUUUCUCCUUCACUUAUUUUUUUUUCAUUAUUCUUUAUAAUAAGAUACAAUUUUUGUUUAAUUAAAAUUUUAUUGUCUGCUCAAAUACGAAUUUGUAUUUCUUAUUCUUUGUGUAUUUCAUCUAUAUAAGGUUAUUUUUACUUUUCAAUAUUUAUGCUUCUUCUGUUUUUUUCUCUUUUUUCUCUAAAUGUAUUUUACAGUUUCCUUUUUUCAUUUUUAUUCAAAUAAUAAAAUUGAUUUUUUUACCCUUUUCGAUGUUUUCUUUUCCUACGGCUUUUCACUCAAUUCUUCACUUUUUUUUCUCUGUAGGCUUUGGAUCUUCCUAUUUAGAUUUUUUUUCCUAUUUCUAGAAUUUUUAAAAUUUCUUUUUGGCAACUCUUUUUUUUGGCAUCAACAUUUAAAUUUAUUUUUGUUCCUAUCGAGUAUAUCUCCACUGUUUCCUCUCAUUCUCACUCACUUGUCCACUACUUCUCAUGAGAUUUUUUUUUCCUCACUUUCACUCUCUCCACGUUAUGGAAUGAUUAGUACAUUAUAGGUUACUUUUAAAUUUGCUUAAUUUCAUUAAAUUUAAUAUUCUUCUUCAUACGUUUAAAUAAAAUUGUAACAAUAACUGUAAAUAUAUCUGUGGCAUUAUUUUAUAUUUCAUUAUAAUCAAUAUAAUACGAAUCUUAUUGAAUAAAAGUUCUCUCCUCUUUUUCUUCCAUACUUUUCAUAUAAUAUCAAUAAAAAGGACUUUUCCAUAGUUGUUCCAAUAUUUCUCUUUAAACUGGGUAAACUUUGCUCAUCUCACGGCUUCCUUUGUGUUUCCGCUCAUCUUUUUUUUCUUCUCAUUUACAUUAAUUUUUAGCAAAUUUAAUAAUUAAAAAGACACAUUGUUAUUAAUUACUUAAUCCUAAUUCUCCUGCGAAUUCACUUUCUGCUUUAAAUUACAUUCUCUUACUAGUACAGUAUAGUUUCAAUGAAUUUGCAAUAAUUUCUUAGGGUUCUUCCCAUCCCUCGCUCUUCAAUCUCAUCUCUAAUUUUAUUCGUUAGCUAUCAAUGGUGGUUUUUCCUUCUCUGUUUCUCCAUCUCUAAAAGUAGUGCCAACAGAGAUCGUUGUCAUAAUCCAAUUUGUUUCAUGUAAUUCUUUCUACUAGAUUUCUAGAACUCCUUGCAUAGUCUAGUAUUUUUUUUUAAGGGGAACUGCUGUCUUCAACAUUUUUUUUGCAUCUACAUACGUUUAAGAGAGA